ACCAACAGUCACUCAAACUUCACUUAAUUACAAAUUUGAGAGACGAGGAGGAUAAUCAAAGAAGCAAAGUUGAGAAGACUUUGGUCGGUUCUUCUAAGAAAAGACCAGAGGGACACGCGUCGCUAACGCAACAUCCGCCAUUCACUCUCUUCACUUCACCACUUUAUUUCUCUCUCUCCACCCAAACUGCAGAGCCCAAAACUCCUCCUUUUUAUCUGAUAAAAACAAACCCAUGGCGGAUAUACAGCCAUCAGAUGCCCAGUUAAAUGGCGUCGUAGCACCCCUAGUCGUGGCUUCAUCCGACACCGUUGGACCCAAACGCCAGAGACGUCCCAGCGUACGUUUAGGCGAUAUUGGCGGUGACCAACCCCACGAUUCUCAUCUCCGAAGGCCCUCCUCCUCUUCUGCCGCCACCAAGCCAUGGAAACACCAACCCCACUCCACCGCCGCUGUCACUUCUAAGUCAUUCAAGACUCGCGCCCUAACCAAUCUCACCACUGACGAUGAUGAAACUGAAGCUGACCACAACAACACCAAUUUGGAUGGUGUUGCAAUUGCUAGCUGGAGGGUCAAAGAUUUCAACAAACGGGGCUCCGCCACUAAACGGGUCCGCUCGAAUUGGGUCCCCAAACUCGACGAUUUCAGCGGCGGAAACGUCAUAAUCAACGGCAACAGUACCAACACUACUAACAACAACAAUUUAGAAACAGAUGAUAGAUAUAGUGGUGAUCAAGAUAACGAUGAUUUCGACAUGGAGAACUCGGAAAGUCCCAUGAAAGAGCACAGUCCAGUUCAUUCUUUGGAUAACAUGGCCAAUGAAAGGGAACUUCUUUAUCAAAGGAGGCCAAUUCGUACAAGGGUUUCGGAUCGGGCGGACUUAUCCGAUUCCGACAUAAGGCCGUGUGAGGAAGAUGGGGUUAGGAUAUGGUUAAACAGUUUGGGUUUAGGAAGGUACGCCCCUAUUUUCGAGAUCCAUGAAGUGGAUGAUGAGGUUUUGCCAUUGUUGACAUUGGAAGAUUUGAAAGAUAUGGGAAUAAAUGCAGUGGGUUCAAGAAGGAAAAUGUUUUGCGCAAUCCAGAAGCUUGGUGAAGGUUUUUCCUAACAUAUUUCAAAAUGGAUUUUUGGAAGGAGAAUUUGAUCAGCCAUGGCAAUGUGUCCACACGGAAAAUGAGGAGUUGGAGCAUAUACCUAGUCCUCUAGAACUUUCCUCGUACCAUGCAAAUUGUGUUUUAGGAUGAAAAAAAAAAAAAACAUGUUUGAAUUUCUGUUUGCCUUAAUUGCACUUUCUCAUCAUGGUUAUGUAAAUAUUUAGUUGGCAAGUAAACAAAUACUGCUACUCACCUCAAGCACGGUUCCCAUUGUUGAAAAUUUCUUGUAUGUUAAGCUGUUAUCAUUCAGUACCUUCUGUUCAAUAUGCAUAAGAUAUUAGAGUUUUCUAUGGCCUAAAA